AUGGCAUCGUCCGGCCUGACUCGAUCGGGAAGCGCGCCGCAGUUCCAUCUAGACGAGACGUGGAAGCUGUCAAAGAAAGACAGUUUCAGCGGCGGUGCGCCGAGGAUCACACGCUCCUCGUCAACUUCUUCUAUCCCCAUAAGUGGCGGCAAGAAGACACAGAAACAGGGGAGAUGCGCUUUUACUAGGAAGUGCGCGAAACUGGUUAGAGAACAGAGAGCUCGUUUCUACAUCAUGCGUAGAUGCGUAAUCAUGCUUAUUUGCUGGAGAGAUAAUUACUCCGACUCUUAA